AUGGUUUUGGACGAAGACAUGGGACAGCUAUCGGAUGCCUCGUUCAUUUUGCUUGGUGCUCUCCUUCAAUCCUUCCCUCCAGCCUCAAACCCUGACCCAAUGUAUCUCGCCGGUCGCUUCCUCAUCGGAUUUGGGUCAAGCAUUUCUAAUGCGACCUGCCCACUCCUGAUCACGGAAUUAGCACACCCUAAACAUCGUGGUAAGGUAACCACUAUACACAACACACUUUGGUACCUAGGCGCCAUAGUUGUAGCAUGGACAACUUAUGGCACACUCACUACUCUCACGGGACACAUUCAAUGGCGAUUGCCCACCGGACUCCAAUACCUCAUGCCUGGUAUUGAGCUGGUAGUGGUUUACAUUGUCCCAGAAUCCCCACGUUGGCUCAUUAGCAAAGGACGAGAUGAUGAGGCAUUGAGUAUCCUGACCAAGUACCACGGCAAUGGUGUUCAGGAUUCUUUUGUUAGCUUCGAGUACUAUGAGAUCCGGGAAACUUUACGUCUCGAGAAACAAGCUGCUACGAGCAAUGAUUGGGCAGAGAUGGUUCGAACGCCCGGAAACCGCAAGCGCUGCAUUCUCAUCAUUCUCACUGCCGUAUUCUCGUAG